AUGAGUACGUCAUAUUUGGCUGACUCCUCCAAGUCGUACAUGAUCGCCAUGCAGAGCAUGGUCGAUGCGGUGAAGACAUAUCACAUGGACGCCAUCCACACUCCGCCUCCUCCGAUAGAUAAAGAAGCAUCUGACACAGAGUUUGAGAAUGCUGAAAAGCCGAAGAAAACGCAAUUGGCUGUGUUGGCUCAAGACAGAAACAAGUGGGACAAUAUUUAUGAUAAGUUCAGUGAUAUUUCAUUUUCUAAGCUAGAAACUAUUGUAAGCUCCCUUGCCAAAGAUACCACCAACGCAGUGUAUAAAACAUUAUCGGACUUAUUUGACAAAUGCUCUAGCAAUCUUGACAAAAAUGUUCUAAUUGAGUCUGUUUUGCACAUAAUUUACUCCCACACCGGCGUCGAGCUUCAGAAGGAAUUAUUAGAUUUUUUGGGAGACGAAAAUAUCGAACUGAUUUCAUUUCUCAUUGAACACAGUAGCACCUUGGUAAGCCGUGCAUUUGAUCAAACAAUGUAUUUGAUAACCUCAUCUGAUGAUCCGGACAAAUUGUUAACUGAACAGGAUAUUAUGCGCCAGGUAUCCGAAAAUGCUAAAAGGGCAAAAAAUGAAAAACUGAAUCAAGCCAUUAAAAUAGUGAAAUACCCCCAUGUAUUCAGAAAACAUGAGGAGGGUUCUACCUCAUCUCUAUCAUUUUCCGGGCACAAAUACUCGUUGCCCAUCGGAACGACCAGAACUUCAUUUCAGACUCAUGAAGAAAUUAUUAUUCCGCCUGCAGAUCAGAAAAAUUCAGUUAACUCACUGUAUACCAAAUUGAAGAAAGUUGAUGACUUGGACCACUAUUGUAAAGCUGUUUUUACAUAUGAAACGUUGAACCAAAUCCAAAGUUUGGUUUUCCCCGUGGCUUAUAACACCAAUGAGAAUAUGCUGAUUUGCGCUCCAACCGGUGCUGGUAAAACAGACAUUGCAUUAUUGACUAUUUUGAAUACAAUUAAGCAGCACUCUUUUAUUAAUAGCGAGCAAGAACUAGAUAUCCAGUACGAUGAUUUUAAAAUUAUCUAUGUCGCGCCACUGAAGGCUUUGGCUGCUGAAAUUGUCUCCAAAUUUAGUGAGAAAUUGGCUGUUUUUGACGUCAAAGUUCGUGAAUUGACAGGUGAUAUGCAGCUAACGAAGGGCGAAAUCAUGGAAACGCAGGUCGUCGUUACCACACCAGAAAAAUGGGACGUUGUGACGCGUAAAGCAAACGGAGAUAAUGACUUGGUCUCUAAGGUGCGGCUAUUAAUUAUUGAUGAAGUGCACUUGUUGCACGAAGAUAGAGGGUCUGUUAUUGAGACUUUGGUAGCACGGACACUACGACAAGUAGAAAGCUCCCAGAGUAUGAUCCGUAUUAUCGGUCUAUCUGCGACAUUACCAAACUUUAUGGAUGUUGCAGAUUUUCUUGGCGUCAAUAGACAAGUAGGUAUGUUUUACUUUGAUCAAUCUUUCCGUCCAAAGCCUCUUGAACAGCAAUUGCUGGGAUGCAGAGGGAAAGAGGGUAGCAGGCAGUCCAAAGAGAAUAUUGACCGAGUAGCUUAUGAUAAGCUACUUGGUAUGAUAGAACGUGGUUUUCAGGUGAUGGUUUUUGUACAUGCAAGAAAGGAAACUGUAAAGAGUUCACGUAAUUUUAUUAAACUUGCUCAAGCCAAUCAUGAAGUCGAUAUCUUUGCCCCAUCGCCUGCUUCCAAAGAGGCCUUUUCUCGACAGUUGGCAAAAAACCGAGAUAAAGAUCUGAAAGAACUUUUCCAGUUCGGGUUUGGCUGUCACCAUGCUGGUAUGUCCCGUUCCGAUAGAAACUUAACCGAAAAGCUGUUUAAGGAUGGUGCAAUCAAGGUUUUGUGUUGCACUGCCACGCUGGCUUGGGGUGUGAAUCUUCCUGCAGACUGUGUUCUGAUUAAAGGUACCCAGGUUUAUGACUCUAAGAAGGGUGGAUAUGUGGACCUAGGGAUAUCUGACGUCAUACAAAUUUUUGGUCGUGCCGGUAGACCAGGUUUUGGGUCCUCAAACGGUACAGGUAUAUUAUGUACAUCUAGUGACCGUCUCGAUCACUAUGUCUCCCUCCUAACCCAACAGCACCCCAUUGAAUCAAGAUUCGGUGCCAAGUUGAUAGACAACCUGAAUGCAGAGAUAUCUCGCGGAACUGUAACAAACGUCGAUGAGGCCAUUCAAUGGUUAGGCUACACGUAUAUGUUUGUCAGAAUGCGGAAAAAUCCAUUUACAUACGGCCUAAGUUGGGAGGAAAUUGCGAAUGACCCUCAAUUACACGAGCGACGGAGAAAGAUGAUCAUAUCAGCUGCUAGAAAAUUACAUUCUCUUCAAAUGAUAGUCUUUGAUGAAGUAUCAAUGCAUUUCAUUCCUAAAGACCUGGGGAGAAUUUCUUCUGAUUUCUAUCUGCUGAAUGAAUCAGUAGAGAUAUUUAAUCAAAUGUGUGAUCCACGGGCAACCGAGGCUGAUGUAUUGACCAUGAUCAGUAUGAGUAGUGAAUUUGAUGGCAUGAAAUAUCGAGAGGAAGAGUCAAAGGAGCUGAAAAGACUUACUGAAGUGUCAGUUCAAUGCCAAAUUGGAGGAGAUAUGGCCACUCCAUCGGGGAAAACCAACAUUCUUCUACAGGCAUAUAUCUCGCAGAGUCGUAUAAUGGAUUCAGCUUUAGCCUCAGAUUCCAACUAUGUUGCCCAAAAUUCUGUUAGGAUAUGUCGGGCCCUGUUUUUAAUUGGUGUUAACCGAAAAUGGGGCAAUUUCGCAAGUGUUAUGCUCAAUAUUUGCAAGUCCAUAGAAAAAAGACUUUGGGCCUUUGAUCAUCCUCUAAGUCAAUUCGAUCUUCCUGAAAACAUCUUGCGGCAAGUAAGGCAAAGGAAUCCUUCGAUGGAUCAUCUCCUGGAUUUAGAGCCUAACGAAUUGGGAGAAUUGGUCCAUAAUCAAAAGAUGGGGCACAAACUUUACCGAGCAUUGGGUUGUUUUCCUAAGAUAGAUAUUGAUACUGAAAUAUUUCCCAUUACUGCCAGUGUCAUGCGUAUACAUGUGUCCUUACAACCUACUUUCACCUGGGACAGAAGGGUCCAUGGAGAAGUUCAAUUUUUUUGGGUCUUUGUGGAAGAAUCUGACAAAUCCCAAAUAUUGCACUAUCAGAAAUUUAUUUUGAACAGAAAACAGAUGAGCAAUGUUCAUGAGAUGGAUUUUAUGAUUCCACUUUCUGAUCCAUUGCCUCCUCAAGUUGUCGUAAAGGUUGUGUCUGAUACUUGGAUUGGUUGUGAGUCGGUGAGCGCCAUAUCAUUCCAACACUUGAUCAGACCUUAUAAUCAAACUCUGCAAACAAGACUGCUGAGGUUGAGACCCUUACCAAUCGCAGCUCUGAAAAAUCCCCUGGUCGAAUCAAUGUACCAUUUCAAGUAUUUCAAUCCAAUGCAGACGAUGACGUUCCACACUCUUUAUUAUACUAAUGAAAAUGUGUUUAUUGGUUCUCCAACCGGGUCUGGUAAAACUGUUGUUGCCGAACUAGCCAUGUGGCAUGCUCUUCGUGAAUUUCCAGGUUCCAAAAUUGUUUAUAUUGCACCAAUGAAAGCACUAGUUAGGGAAAGAGUUGACGAUUGGCGUAAAAAGAUAACACCGAUAACCGGUGAUAGAGUUGUUGAGUUAACCGGGGACUCUUUACCAGACCCUCAGGACGUUCGUGAUGCUACCAUUGUAAUCACGACGCCAGAAAAAUUUGACGGUAUUUCCCGUAACUGGCAAACGCGUAAGUUUGUCCAGAAUGUAUCCUUAGUUAUUAUGGAUGAAAUUCAUCUAUUAGCCAGUGAUCGUGGUCCCAUUUUGGAGAUGAUCGUCAGUCGUAUGAACUAUAUUUCUUCUCAAACAUCCAAGCCAGUUCGUUUAAUGGGGAUGUCUACCGCAGUUUCGAAUGCAUAUGACAUGGCAAGCUGGUUAGGCGUAAAAAACAACGGUCUUUACAAUUUCCCAUCUAGUGUCCGUCCGGUUCCACUCAAAAUGUACAUUGAUGGAUUUCCUGACAAUCUGGCUUUUUGUCCGCUAAUGAAGACGAUGAAUAAACCGGCAUUUAUGGCCAUCAAACAGCAUUCCCUAACUAAGCCGGCUUUGAUCUUUGUUGCAUCUCGUCGUCAAACAAGAUUGACAGCCCUUGAUUUAAUUCAUCUGUGUGGUAUGGAAGAGAACCCUCGGAGAUUCCUGAAUAUCGAUGACGAGGAGGAACUACAAUACUAUUUAUCUCAAAUUACUGAUGAAACCUUGAAGCUUGCUCUCCAGUUUGGUAUUGGUCUGCAUCAUGCUGGUUUGGUCGAAAAAGAUCGUUCCAUUUCUCAUAAGUUGUUUCAGAAUAACAAAAUUCAGAUUUUGAUUGCCACCUCGACAUUGGCGUGGGGUGUUAAUUUGCCAGCACAUUUGGUAAUCAUCAAGGGUACGCAAUUUUUUGACGCAAAAAUCGAAGGUUACAGGGAUAUGGAUUUGACAGAUAUACUUCAAAUGAUGGGUAGAGCAGGUAGACCUGCGUAUGAUACCUCUGGUACUGCUAUUGUGUAUACCAAGGAAUCGAAGAAGAUGUUUUACAAGCACUUUUUGAAUGUUGGGUUUCCUGUUGAAUCUUCUUUGCACAAGGUUUUGGAUGACCAUCUGGGUGCAGAGAUUUCAUCUGGUACCAUUACGUCAAAACAGGAAGCCCUGGACUUUUUGAACUGGACGUUUUUUUUUCGUAGGGCACAUCAUAAUCCAACGUAUUAUGGAAUUAAUGAAGACCACAGCCCAUCAGGGAUUAGCAAACAUUUAAGUGAAUUGAUAGACAACACCAUUGAAAGACUAAGUAACUCUCAGUGUGUUGAGAUACAAGGAAAAACAAUAGUUCCAACGCCGUUCUUGAGCAUUUCUUCCUAUUACUAUAUUUCACAUCUAACCAUCCGCCAACUUCUGAGACACAUCAAUAACGAAGCCACUUUCAAGGAUGUCCUAAAAUGGCUAUCAUUGGCAGUGGAAUAUAACGAACUGCCUGUGAGAGGAGGUGAAAUCAUUAUGAAUGUGGAGAUGUCAGCCCAAUCUAGGUAUCCUGUCGAAAGCACGUUUACUGGUGAUGAUGAGCUGCCAAUGUGGAACCCCCAUCUGAAAGCCUUCCUGCUGUUGCAAGCGCAUUUAAGUCGCGUUGAUUUGCCGAUUGCCGAUUACAUUCAAGAUACUGUUUCUGUGCUAGAUCAGUCUUUACGUAUUUUGCAAGCGUACAUUGAUGUGGCCAGUGAACUCGGCUACUUUAGAACCGUGCUGACUCUGAUAAAGGUCAUGCAGUGCAUUAAACAAGGAUAUUGGUAUGAGGACGAUCCUGUUGGUAUCUUACCUGGUGUGGAUCUGAAGAGAAUUACUGACAUCAAGUUUGGUGAAAAUGGUUAUCCAGUUGAACAGGAUAGGGCCAAAUUUGAUAGAUUGUUGGGUUUGGAUAGCAUCGGUAGGUUUGGCAUUAAAAAGCUGCAGAGUUUUGCUCAAAAAUACAAUUUCGAUGAAAGGUACACUAAGAAAUUCAUCAAUGUCUGUCAGCGUUUACCUGUUCUAGAUGGUAUGCAAUUCCAGCAGGUAGAUAAUGACAGCAGCAAGCUGCUCGUUACUGCUAAACAUGUUUCCAACAAGAAGAGUAGAGGGUUCGAAGUAUACUGUGACAAAUUCCCAAAGACACAAAAGGAGCUGUGGUUUUGCAUUGGUUAUCAGAGAGAUGAGUUGUUGAUUUUGAAAAGAUGUCAACCAAGACAGGCAGGCAAGGAUAUCGUACUCAAGGCUGAUAUCAUCGUACCAGAUGAAUUAUUGGACGAGGAGCUCGAUUUUAUUCUAAUCAACGACGCCAUGGACCUCUCUUAUAACGCACACUACGUGCCAAAGUUGUAA